AUGAAAGGGAGACAAGAUAGAACCGCUAUUGCAGACUUUUUAAAUCCUGUCAAUGGCUAUAGAGGCCAAUUAGAGCUAAUGGGAAAGAAGCCAAAGGAUCACAGAAAGGAGAAUCUGAAGCUUAUAAAGUAAAAAGAAGAGGAAAAUAAGAAACUUGAGGAGGAAAAGGCAAAAGGAAAAGGAGAGCCAUGGAAAAUGAAGAAAUUCUAAAAUAUCUAAUCAAAGGUCAAAGAAACUUUGAGUCAAACUGAUAACUAAUCUCGACCAUAGACUGCAGUGUCAAGACCUUAAACAGCUGUGUCUAGAAAAGAUAAACCAGCUCAUGUAGCAUUUGGUAGAUCUACUUCUCAAAAUAACUCAGAGGAUUUUGAGUAUAAGAACACUGAAGACAAGGAAAAUGAAUAAAGUGAGUAUAAUAAGAUUGAAUACACUGAUAACUAGUCUGAGCACCAACCUAUAGAGAAACACAAAAAUUUCGGAAAGGUACCUGCCUACAUUGAGAAAUAUAAGGAGGAACACAAGAUUGCUGAGGAGAAGAAGCAAGAAGAGAAAGCUAAAUCAAACAUCCCUGAAGGUACAAGACUUAUGGGAGAGGAUGAAAGAGUGAAAACUCUUGAGGAGCUUAACUUAGAAAAGAGAUAGAUAAGUGACCUUAUUUUCUCAAUGCCACUUUCAAUGAAGACUGAAGCCCUUAAAAACAAAAAGAGAGAACUUGAACAAAAGCUUAUUGAAAUUGAAAGAGCAAUAACCACUUUUUCUAGGAAAGUUGUUUACAUUAGAGAUGAGAAUACUGAUCAUUAAAGUGUAACUAAUACGCCAAAAGUAUUUGGGAAAUUCUAAUAGGUCCCAAGCAAACAUCAUAAAUGA